AUCUCAAUCUUUUUGGCUGAAAGAAUGUGAUUUAGAUUAUGUUAAUCUCGGAUUAGGGUGCUAAUUAAUUUACUCGAGCCGCUCCUCUUCUUCCUCCCCCUCCCCCUCGCCAUUGGCCGCUCCUCUGUCCUCUCCUGCGAAGAAGGCAGCGCCCCUCACCUCACUACCGCCACGCGCGCGGCGCUGCGUCGGUUAGGUUUAGGGGCGGGAGGGGGCGGCGCAAUGCGGAGGCCCACGGCGGCGGGCGCGUCGUGCCGCCGGCGCGCGAUCGAGGGGCUCGCGGCGGUGCUGGUGCUCUACGCGGUGCUGGUGUUCGUCCUCGAGUCGCCGCUCGUGUCGACCUCGUUGACGGGCGGUGGUGGGGGUGGGGGAGGUGGGGCGAGGUAUUUACGGCUCGCCGGGGCCGCGGAGCGGUCGGCCCCGGCGCGGCCGGCGAAGGAGCCGCGCCUGGCGGCGGCGUCCGGGCCAUCCUCCCGCGGCCAGCGCCUCUCGAGGAUGGUCUCUGGCCUCGACCUCGGGCACCUUAACUCGUCCCGCUCCGGCCCGCUCCGCCGCCCGAUAGCCGGCGCCGUCGAGGCCGGCGCGCGCGUGUUCGACGAGCUCGAGGACCUCGACCCCGCCGCCUUCGCGUCACCGUCCGCCGAGGAGGCGGCCAAGUGCCCGCAGUCGAUCGCGCUCAACGCGGAGGAGUUCCACCAGCGGGGACGCCUGGCGGAGCUGCCGUGCGGGCUGACGCUGGGGUCCCACAUCACGGUGGUCGCGACGCCCCGGCCGGCGCACGCCGAGGGUGACCCUAAGAUCGCUGUGCUGAGGGAGGGGGAGAAGCCGAUCAUGGUGUCGCAGUUCAUGAUGGAGCUUCAGGGGCUAAAGACCGUCGACGGCGAGGACCCGCCCCGUAUCCUCCACUUCAACCCUCGCCUGCGCGGCGACUGGAGCGGCAGGCCGGUGAUAGAGCAGAACACCUGCUACCGCAUGCAGUGGGGCACCCCGCUCCGCUGUGAGGGCUGGAAGUCCCACUCUGAUGAGGAGACCGUGGAUGGGUUUGUGAAGUGUGAGAACUGGAUUCAGAACGAGGAUGCGCGGUCCAAGGAGUCGAAGACAACCUGGCUUAACCGACUGAUCGGACAGAAGAAGGAGAUAAAUUUUGAUUGGCCCUAUCCUUUUGUUGAGGGUCGAUUAUUUGUUCUUACUAUCAGCGCUGGGUUGGAAGGAUACCAUGUGAACAUCGACGGGCGACAUGUGACUUCUUUUUCUUAUCGCCCUGGGUUUGUUCUUGAGGAUGCUACAGGUUUAUCAUUGAGUGGGGACCUUGAUGUGCAAUCAGUGUUUGCAGGGUCUUUACCCACUACACACCCAAGCUUUUCACCACAGAGUUAUCUGGACAUGUCAACUGUUUGGCAAUCCUCUCCUCUGCCUAAUGAACCAGUUGAAAUUUUCAUUGGCAUCCUGUCAUCUGGCAAUCAUUUUGCUGAGCGUAUGGGUGUCAGGAAGACAUGGAUGUCUGCCCUCAGAAAGUCACCAAAUGUGGUUGCUCGUUUUUUUGUUGCACUGCAUGGCAGAAAGGAAGUGAACGUGGAGCUGAAAAAGGAAGCAGAAUUUUUCGGGGACAUUGUUUUUGUGCCUUUCCUGGACAACUAUGAUUUAGUUGUUUUGAAGACUCUUGCAAUAUGCGAAUAUGGGGUUCAAGUUGUGUCUGCUAGAUAUGUAAUGAAGUGCGAUGAUGAUACUUUUGUCAGACUUGAUUCAAUCAUAACUGAAGUCAAGAAGGUACCAAGUGGGAGAAGCCUAUACAUAGGGAAUAUCAAUUUUCAUCACAGGCCACUCCGCCAUGGGAAAUGGGCUGUGACUUAUGAGGAGUGGCCAGAGGAGGUCUAUCCAGCCUAUGCAAAUGGCCCUGGAUAUGUUAUAUCUUCUGAUAUUGCUGGUUUCAUCGUAUCAGAAUUCACAGACCAAAAACUCAGGCUCUUCAAAAUGGAAGAUGUGAGCAUGGGGUUGUGGGUUGAGCAGUUCAAUAGGACAAGACCUGUUGAAUUUGUUCACAGUACCAAGUUUUGUCAAUUUGGAUGCAUAGAUGAUUAUUAUACUGCACACUAUCAAUCACCAAGGUUGAUGUUAUGUCUGUGGCAGAAGUUGCUAGAUGGAAAACCGCAAUGUUGCAAUAUGAGAUGACAGUAGUUUAACUGGUAGCAAUUGAAUCAUUGAGCCGCACUGGCAAUCUUCAUUUAAUCAACAAAAGGGAUGGAAUUGCUGAUGUUCCCCAUUGAUCACUAACUAUCUUGAUGGUAAAUUAAGACUGCUUGAGACUGACAUGUAGGAAUGAUUUGCUAGAUUACUUGAGAGUUAGCCAGCUUAGUUUCAACAUUUGAUAAGCUGGUGCAGUAGUACUCUCUUCUCUCAAGAAAAAAUGGAUACAAGAUUUUAGGUACUGUAGAAAUGGACGACAACGUCAUCCUUGAACAUGAAGAAGGGGCGAUUCAGCUAAGUUACUUCUACUUCUAGUAUCGCUCACUGCAGCAUGGCGAUGGUGCACAACAUAUCAGGUGUGGGUGAGAGCUUGAAGUAUAGGUUGAUUUUGUCCAGCAACCUGUCAUGUAAUUUAGUCACUACCUGAAUUAGCCUUUUCUCGUUAAAUUAUCAAAUAUGUACUCUCACUUUUCCAUUUUAUGCCUACAAAGUAUGAUGCUGGAAGUUUCAUGUGA